GGAGGGAGCGUUCCGCGUGCGCCUGGCGCGCGUGCGCGGCUGUCUCCCCGAAAGGGGGUGUGUCGGCGAACCCGGGAGAAGGAAGGCGGCGGUGAAGAGAGAAGAGAAAGUGGGGGGAAGGGAAGGGAAGGCAGGGAGCCUGAUAAUGGCGGCCAGGAGGAGAGAGCGCUGCGGUGGCUCUGAGAUACAUAGACCUUGAAGAUGGUGAGUAGCCAGCCAAAGUACGAUCUAAUACGGGAGGUUGGUCGUGGCAGCUAUGGUGUGGUGUAUGAAGCAGUAGUGAGGAAAACCUCUGCACGUGUUGCUGUGAAGAAGAUCCGGUGUCAUGCCCCAGAGAAUGUAGAGCUAGCCCUGCGUGAGUUCUGGGCACUUAGCAGCAUCAAGAGCCAACAUCCAAAUGUUAUUCACUUGGAGGAGUGCAUUUUGCAAAAAGACGGCAUGGUACAGAAGAUGUCCCAUGGUUCCAGUUCCUCUCUUUAUUUGCAGCUUGUAGAGACCUCCUUAAAAGGUGAAAUCGCCUUUGAUCCAAGAAGCGCCUACUACUUGUGGUUUGUGAUGGAUUUCUGUGAUGGAGGUGACAUGAAUGAAUACCUCUUGUCUCGAAAGCCAAGCCGAAAGACCAACACCAGCUUUAUGCUUCAGCUUAGCAGUGCUCUGGCUUUUCUGCACAAAAACCAAAUCAUCCAUCGUGACCUCAAGCCUGACAACAUCUUGAUCUCUCAAAGCAGGAUGGAUGCUAAUGACUUAGAACCUACCUUGAAAGUAGCUGAUUUUGGGCUGAGUAAAGUUUGUUCGGCUUCAGGACAAAAUCCCGAAGAGCCUGUGAACGUCAAUAAAUGUUUUCUUUCUACGGCUUGUGGCACCGAUUUCUACAUGGCUCCUGAAGUUUGGGAAGGCCACUAUACUGCUAAAGCUGAUAUCUUUGCUUUGGGGAUUAUAAUUUGGGCAAUGCUGGAACGGAUAACUUUCAUAGACACAGAGACAAAGAAAGAGCUGCUGGGGAGUUACGUGAAGCAAGGGACUGAGAUUGUGCCGGUCGGAGAGGCAUUGUUGGAAAAUCCAAAAAUGGAACUGCUCAUUCCUGUUAAGAAAAAGACAAUGAAUGCUCGUAUGAAACAGCUGAUUAAGGAAAUGCUUGCUGCUAACCCACAAGACCGCCCAGAUGCUUUUGAAUUAGAACUUCGAUUAGUCAAAAUUGCUUUUAAAGACAGCAGUUGGGACACGUGACCUCUGGAGUACUUUGCCUUAGUGACAGAGUAGUAUCUGUAACAAUGGUGCACCCUUUUUGGAAGCAAAAACCAGGCUAACCCAAAUUCAAGGUGUCAGGGUUCAUUGUUCCCCCCACCCCUAUUGUAUUUCAUUUGAUUUUUGCAAACUAAGCUUGAGGUGGCUGUUCUCAUUUCAGUUCCCACAUAUGUAUUUUCAAGCUAUAGCUGCAAUGCUAUCCACUUGGCCCAGAAGACUGGCAAUUUAAAUGACUGCUUUCUAGGAAUACAUUAUGGAAUAUUUCAUACAUUCCAGUUCUUCUACUGCAGAAUUUGGAAUGCUCAUGGAAGAGAAGAUUUGCAUGCUGGUAAUGCAAAUCGUUCAACUUUGUAGAGUAAACAUGUAUAUAUUUAUGUCAGUAUGGGUGAUUUGACGUCCUCCCCCUUUCAUACAGACAAAAUGUCCCCAUUAUUUAUAUUGUCUUGUAUAGAAUUGGGUAACUGUGGCUCAUCUAUGAAUUCCCCAACCUAUCACUGUUCUCUGCUUUUUCCCCUCCUUAAAGUUGGAAGAUGAUGGCACAAAAUAUAGUCAGUAAGUGUGUUGCAAAGAGAAUGUCUUGACUGAAGCACUGAGCUGUUGUGCAGAGAACCUCUUAGACUGGGAGGUUGCUGUAGGUGGUCUCAUGGCAUAUGCCAACAAUCGUCUGCCAGUCUCUUGGUUAGGCCCUUCUAUAUUCAGCUUCUUUUUUCUGGAGUGGGCAAACUGCACUUGUCCAAGAGGUGCUAGACUGCAGCCCCAGCAUUCCUCGCCUUUGAGUUUGCUGCCUUAGGGAUGCACUUUACACCACCAUCAUCCCAUUCCAGGAUACUUGAGUGACUCUCUGUGAGACCAGUUUCAUAGUUACUCCUUAUAUUCAUAUGGCAUCUAACUUUAUUAUCUUUAAUGGAGUAUGCUUCUUUGAUCAUUUUUAAAAACAGAAAUCCUGGGAAAGGAAGAAGACAUGCUGGGUUCUGCUGAUAAUUUUCCUAGUAACAUCUUCCCUGCCCAAUGCCUUGUUUCUUGCCCUGGCAUUUAGUUUAGUUACAUGCGUUGCUGCUUUCAUUUUUGGUGUAGAGAUUUUUUUUUCAAUCCUUUUGUCUAGUAUUGGCCUCAGUGACAAGGUAGUUGGCCCAUUUACUUACUUUGGGGGAGAAGAACACUGGAAAUGUUGGGCAUCAUUGAACUAUCUAGGCUUUUCCUGGUUAGGGAAUCUUGCCAGUUUCUGUGAGUGAGGGAAAAUGUUGUUUUCCUCUACACAAAGUAACUAUGCUCAUUCUUUUAUUCUUGAACUGGCAGCAGCAGCAGAUACAGAACCCUUGGCAGAAUCCCGCUGUCCCAUUCACAAAGAGCAGGGUGUUGUAGAAGUGAUUCAGCUACAAGCCAGUACAUCCUCUUCUAUCCAGCAAGAUAGUGGGUCCUGUCAUUAUUGGUAUCUUGUUAUUACUGUUUAUUACUCUUGUGCACCAGAUAUGAUGGCUGGAACAUUUGCUCUUGAACUGAAGCCUUCCCUCUCUUGGCUCAGUGAAGUCAAUAUCAGUAGCAGCAGCAGCAGCCAGGAGGACGAUGAGCCUGAAUUUCCCGGUGGCUCCCGUACCCAAACCUCCAGAAGGAGCCGGUGGUGUGAAGGGUGGCCGUGCCCACUGGUUAUACUGGUUAUAUGAUAAUGGAAGAUUGUUUGUUGAAUGGAAAUUGAAAGAAGGGUUGCAGAAGGAGUGAAGCGGACUGGAAGGAAUGCCAUGAACAGACAGGAAACCGACGCUGCCUUCCUCGGGGAAAGAAGGGCUGCGGAGUCUCAGUCCGAUGGGCAGGGUUCACCCCCACUGAAACAUUCAUCAGCUGGCUUCUCUUCCAGGUUGUUGGUGCGCAUAGUCUACUGCCACUUUGCACCUUGCUCUCUCUGCAUGGGAUCAGAAGGGUUGCACUGUUCAUUUUGUUUCUGGUUGACUAAUGACAGGAAUAAAAGUUCUUGGUUCAAGAGCAAACAGAGAAUUGUGAGUUAACGUCUUGUUUCCUUCUGAAAUGCACUGGAGUUGAUUGUACUUCAUAGUUCUUGGAUGAUAUAGCUAGUAUCUGAAGAGUAGAAUGAGAACAUUUGUCAUUUCAUUCCGAAUAUGGUAUAUCCACAGAAAGCAAGAUGCUUUUCAGAUGAAAAUACUUAAUAGACUUGAAAAAUGCAUUUCCCUUUAAUCAGAGUGUAGUUAUCAGUCUUGCAGUGUCAUCCUGUGCAUGGUAACUUGGAAGAAAGUCUUGCAGACUUGAAUUGGGAUUGACCUCUAGGUAUAAAUAUGCAUAACAGUUUGCAUAGUACUGCAGCCUGAACUGUUUAUAAAAGCUUAUGGAAAUGCUGAAGAUCUUUUCUAAAAUAAUACAGUAUUUGAGGAAAUGUCAUGUUAGCAACCCGAGAUUUUGCCGAGGGAUACUUGAGGAGAAUUUCAGCUUCUCUCAUUUGGUGUAUAUCUCUGUCUGUCUCACUUUCAGUGUAAUGGUAUAUUGUGUUAUCUGAGGACCCAAUUAAUGUGUGUCCUUUGACUACAAAAGUAGAGGUAAUGUAAAUGUGCAGUCACAAGGUAAAUGUUCAGAGAGAAUUAAAUUCUCUUUACUCUUUAAAGCACCACUGUGCCUUUAGAGACAAAGUUAUAUAGCAAGCAGGAAGGGACUCCUAUGGAUCUCUUGGUAUCCUGUCAUUCAUCAGCUAAACAUUUCCAUAAUAUGUAGAUCAGACAAAAGAGUGAGCCAUAGGUGCUUAAGUCUUUGCGGAUUAUUAAAAAGCAAGAAUUCUUACAUAUGUGUCCUCAUUAGUCGGAUUACUGUGUACUGUUUCCUGGCACGUGCUGGACCAUGGCAAAUCCAGAUUUUGAAUGCAUUAUUGCAUGUGCUUCUUAAAUGCAGUAAAACUGUUAAUGCCCAAAGUGCACUGGUUUCUUGUUCUUAAAAAUCGGGGAGGCGUCCUCAGGUCACUUCCUUUCAUGGUGCUUAGCCUGUUGGCAUUGAAUGCUAACUUGAUUAUUCCAUUAAUUAUCCACUGAAUAAUUGUUUUUUGAAAUUUGUAUGUGUGUGUAAUUUUUGUUGUUGCUUGUGUUUGCUUUGAGUUCCUGUAAAUUCUCUUGAAAUCCAAACAAUUGUAGCAGCUACAAAACAACCCACCAGCAUAACACAGAAAUUGAGAUAUUCAUCAGCACUUCAGGAAAAAAACCACAGACUUUCAAAGCUUUUCCUUAUAAAUUGUAAAUUCUAUUUUGUGAAGAAUUUAUUAAAGGAGGGAGGGGAAUGAUUGUGUAAUUUAUUGAGUUCAGAACUUUUUUAAAAAAUAAAGUCUGAGUUGAAAUGAA